CACUCUUGGUAAACUUUUCGAUUUGUUGGCAACGUGCGGGGUCGCAAAGUGUUUGUUUCGUGAAGUUUUUCGCUGUGGUUCGGAUAUUUUAAGGCUUGCAAAGCAAUGAAUCGACUGGAGGAAAAGGAACCGGUCCAGGCGAUCCUGAUUGGCGACGGGUUCAACGAUUGCUUCAUCCCGUUUACCGCUCGGAAACCGCUGUCCCUCCUGCCGCUGGUCAACGUGCCGCUGUUGGACUACUCGCUGGAAUCGCUGAACCGCUCGGGCGUCGAGGAGGUCAUACUCUUCUGCAGCAACCAUGUCGACCAGGUGAAGGCCCACGUCAAGGCACGCCAAUCGGCCGGAUGCAGCUGGUCCAUCGGGAUGUCCGUUACGAUCGUCAGCUCCGAGGGCUGCCGCUGCAUGGGCGAUGCCCUGCGGGAUCUGGACGCCAAGGGUCUGAUGCGGGGCAACUUCCUCCUGAUGGGAGUGGACACGGUGACCAAUGCCAACCUGGCGGCCAUUCUGGAGGAGCACAAGCGCACGGCCAAGGCGGACAAGGGAACGGCCAUGACGGUGGUCUUCAAGGAAGGCGUUCCGCAGCAACGCACCGGGAACGAAGUCAUGAUCGCGAUGGAUAAGAAUAGUAAGAGGUUGCUGUUCCAUCAAAGGCUUAAGCCGUUGCAUAAGGAGCGCAAUUUCGUCAUUCCGUUGGAGAUUUUGACGCAGAACAAGGACGUGACGCUGCAGCAUGGGUUGGUCGAUCCGCAGAUUGCCGUGUGUAGCAAUACGGCACUGCCGCUGUUUUCCGAUAACUUCGAUUUCCUGACGCGUGAUGACUUCGUGAGGGGGCUACUCAUCAAUGAGGAGAUUCUGGCAAGCACGAUUUACGUGAGCCUGCUGCCCAGCGAGGAGUAUGGCUUGAAGGUCAACAACUGGCAAAGCUAUCAGAUUGUUAGCAAGGAUGUGACUAAUCGGUACGUGUAUCCGCUGGUACCGGAUAUGGGCGUUUGUGGCAAUGUGUUGCGGUAUUCGUUCUGUCGGAACAACAUCUAUCGACAUCGGAAUAUCAGGCUGGCAAGGGGAAGCGUUCUGAAGGCAGAUGUGGUCAUUGGCAAGGGGAGUGAAGUCGCUGAGAAUACGGUUGUUGAGAAUUCGGUUUUGGGAGGUGGAUGUAAGAUUGGUAAGGAUUGCCGAAUCAAUAACUGCUACUUAAUGGAUGGAGUUGAGAUUGGAGACGGAUGCGUGCUGGAUCACUGUAUUGUGGGCGAUCGGGUUAGGGUUGGAGCGAAUAGCGAACUUAAUAAUGGUUGUGUGCUGGGAGAAGAGGUUGAAUUGGCGAAGGGAACGAAGCUUUCCAAGGUGACUCUUCAAGCUUCCAAUCCAGAAGACGAGUGGACCGAAGGGUCGAAGAAGUUCGGAGAACGCGCUUACACCGUUCCGGAUGCUAACGAUGAGAACGAAGAUAUGCCGGAUUCAGAUGGCGAGGAUGACCAAAAUACGUUCAAUCAUGCGAUGCGACUCUGUCGAUUGGAGCGCAAGCAAGCACCCUCAGUUUAUAGCAGUUCUUCCGAAGAGGGAGAAUCCCGUGCCAUGUCUCCGGUGCAGGAAGACGCAAACAUCUUCCUCACGGAAGUGUUGGAAUCGCUGAAGCGUGGCUAUUCGGAAAAGUCCAAUCCGGACUAUCUGAUUCUGGAAAUCAACUCGUCACGAUACGCAUACAACAUGUCCCUAUCGGAGGUCAAUUUCUACGUAGUGAAGGCCAUUCUUCAGCUCCUAGUACUCCAAGAGAAUGCGGCGAAGAACGUGGUGGCAACUAUGAAUCAACUGCUGGCCUAUUUCGGUUCGGUGUUCAAGAACUACAUUCGUGGCCACGAUGCCAUGAUGGACUGCUUGAAAGCGCUGGAGGAAACGAGCGAGCAGGAGGAUUUGAUUGGAGGUAAAAUCGCUCAGCUGGUGCACUAUCUGUACGAGAAAGACUACGUCACGGAAGAGGUGAUUCUGAAAUGGUACAACGAAUUGGACGACGAAGACGGUGCGACAGUCAAGAAGAGCCUGGCCAAGCUGGUGGAUUGGUUGAUGCAGUCCAGUGAAGAAGAAGAAGAUGAUGACGAUGAUGAUGAUUAAAUGUAGGGUACUAAUAAACAAUUUAUGGCGUUAA